AUGUCUGAGGCGCAACCGCUGUCAUGGCUUGGUGAGCCAGAUGCUGUCAAUCUGCCCCCGCAUUCAUAUACGGCGCAGAAGCUGCAACAUGCGACGCCUGAGCAUCUCUACCUGACCUCCAGGCGCUUCUUCAUCGGGCCCAUUCCUACAUCAUGGCUCAACAAGCACCGUCGCGACUGGUACAAGCACCACUUGCGCAUCAACUACUCGACACGCGCUGCCACAUUUACCUCUGAUCCCCGUGAAGCUCGCCAACGCCGGCUCAGCGGUCUCGAGGGCCCCAGUUCCUCUGCCCUUUUCCAACACAGCUUCCCACAGCCUAAGAUAUUGGAGGUAGAAGAGGACGAGCAAGGUGCACAGACUACCAGGGGCAAUGGCGCUGGCGCGGAGGUAGCUGCGACGGCCACUUCACCACCGGCUUUGCAGAUACCGCGUGGCUCAGAACAGGAGGCUGAUGUGUUAGUGGAUGACGAGAGUGAGGCCUUUGUUGAUGCGCCAUCGGAACCUGAAGACGACGAGGAAAGAGAAUUCGAUCCUGACAAGGUCCAAGCACCACGUCGAUCGAGCACCAAGUCCUUUGUGACUGCGUCAUCGAUACCAAACGCUGCAAAGGAUGAUGGCAACGACAAUGGCGAUGAGAAUGAAGAGAAUGAACAGCCUGAAGGCUCACAGAAGAAAGCACCGCGACAAGAAGAGGUCCCAGUACAGGCAAGUGGCUUACAAGUUCCUCCCAACAACAAGGGACCGAGCCAGAAAUAUAUGGGCAAGCGACCAUUGUCUGAAGCGGACAGUCACAACGCAUCCGUGUCUACUGUUGGCGGAAGCUCGGUAGAUGCCGGGUCUACUUCAUCUCUGCUUCGCAAGACUGACGUGAACAAGGCACCGGCCCCCGCUGAUGCCAACUCCAAGCCGCCCGCCAAAGGUAUAAUGACCAGAGUGAAGAGAAGGUCAGAAAUCAGUUCAUCAGAAUCGGGCCCGUUGAACGAUGCAGAACCAAAUGCGGACCAUCUUCAGAGGAAGAAGUCGAACUUGAGGAACCUCGUCAAGUUCGACAUCCCAGAAGAUUCGAGACGUGCUACAAUACACUUAAAGGCAAAGAAAGCGCAGAUGACGGUUCAGCGCGCAGGUUCAAAAAUCAGGAGGCAGCGAAUCAAAGACGGAUUAGUGGUCAAAAUGGAGCGUAUGCUCGUGCGAGUCGACACAGCGGCCGAAGUGCCAGACGAGUUUGAUGAGAAUGUCAAUCAGAGAGUCGUCUCACAGGUCAAGGACACGUGGAGAGAAUACAUGAUUGUGUGUCGCCAUAGUCACAAAGACGAUUCAGAUUUUGUUCUGCAACUCUAUCAAACAAGGGUCAUACCGGAGAUUGAAAAUGAGGGCGCUGGCAAGAAAGCCGCUUACGAGAUUCAGCUGGGUCGCAAGACUAGUAAAGUCAACAUGUACUCUUCGCUGGACAAGUCAAUUGUGAUUACUGCACCUGGCCGGCGCGAUACGUUGAUUUUCAUCAUGCAAGCUCGCACAGCUUCCAAUGCUUCCGAAUGGUAUACCUUUCUUCGCAACAUUCUUGGCUGGCGCCGCUCCACGGACAUUCAGAUUAAUAUUCCAGACAUGGGCCUGAGUGUUCAAAUUGUGAACCCCUUUGAGAAGCUGGAAGCAUCACAAAAUGAAGUGCAGAACGCCGAGAAUACCGAGGAAGCCAUAAUGAAGACCAUGGAAGAGGAACAAGCUGUGGCUGGCCAGCUCAUCAGAAAAUGCCUGAAGCAAUUGCAUGACGCCCCACAAUGGCGAGAUGUCCUAGAGGAAUGGAUGAAGAACCAUCCCAUAGGUUUGGCUUGGAAACGUUAUGAUCGGCUAGAGUGGAUUCAUGGUGCCAAUGAACGCAAAAUGUACGGCACAAUCGCGAUGCUCAAGUCGCAUGAUCUUGAGCUUCGACCCAAGACACACUAUCCGACGACAGCAGUGACGCGGAAGAAGCACAAGACAUUGACCGAGCCAGUUCCAGUCGAGGGUUUUCUCAUCAGAUUGACCGGCCAACAAGGUCGCGCAAGACGAAUGGGAUUCAUGUACCACAAGCAGCUUUAUUUUGCUAGCCACGAUCAAUUUUUUGUAUUCUCGCGGCCGACGAAAGCAACACCACCGCCGCCACCCAAACUUCCGGCGUCUAAUAACGCUACAGUUCCUACAGCACAAGCAGUCAAUGAGAACGUACCUGACAGUUGGGCCGUUAACCCCUUUGCCUUGAAGGACGACCAGAUUGAAUGGCUGCUUGAGGGACACUCGGGUACCACCGAGGCUCGCAGACUCCACGAUGAGGAUGCGGCGGACGAAGCCCAACGUAAAGAGCAGAAUCUCCUAGAUUGUGACGGAUACAUCAAUUUGGCCAACGUUGUUAAGGUUCGCAAGGCCAUGAUUGGUGCGAGCCCCGUGGACGACGAUCUCGAGGAUGGCUCAGAUGUUGAUUUUGACGAAGACAUUGAUGAGUCAACACGAGAAGAUGGCACUUCAAAAGAAAUUGAUAUCGACCGCACAUUUGAGUUGGUGAUGAAGAAUGGUCUCAUCAUCCGCCUGCAAGCUGCAGACAAAGCUCGUCGGAAAGAGUGGAUAUGGCAUUUACGUGCUCUUGUCAAGUACUGGAAGCACCGUACAGCAUCAGACAUUGCACUCUACAAAGCAACCCGCAAUCGCAAUCUCAGCGCCCUUAAUAUUGACGAAGAAGGCGAAGCUAUGAUGGGACAAUUCGCACGCAAGUGGGAGGUGACGCAGUCUUAUGCCUCGCCACAACUCUACAACAUGUGUGGUAUUGCUUGCUGCCGAAGUAUACAUAUGAGUGGUAUGCUGUACCGCAAGCCGCGCAUCCAUGCACCCUUCACUCGCUGUAGCGUCAUACUCACAGCGGGCACACUGAUUAUGUUUCGAGACGUUCUACGUAGUAGAGUGGGUAAACAGCUCGCACACAUUCAUCACGAGCGCAUCGCCAACCUCGACCUCAAAGACUGUUACAUCUACUCUGGCCUGUUGACUGAGAGCGACCUUCUCUAUCAAAACCAGACAUUCGAUGCGAACAAACCUGGCCACCAUGCUCUCCCCCGCAUCUACCUGGAAGAUGGCUGGACGUCGACCGAUGAAGACGUCAUGACCACUUUUGUCAUCUGGCACGGCAAGGCAAAGAGUUGGUUCCGCGCCGAGGAAGGCGCAGGCGGCGGUGAGCAGAGCCGCAAGGAGGGCAAAAGAACGAAGAUGAAGCGCGUGGCCAAGCUUGGUAGUAAGGGCAGAAGCAUGGUGUUUCGCGCCAGAUCACGGGCAGAGCGCGAUCACUGGGUGCUCGCCAUUCAGAACGAAAUCGAACGUGUGCAGAGCGACAAUGCCGAUUUCAGACUCGAGGAGAGUGGACAGACUAAUGGGAGUAGUAAUGCACAAGAGGAGCGCUGA